ACUGCCCGCGCUCUGCUCUCCCCAUGCGUUUCGGGUGGAAAAAGGGUGGUUUUGUGCUUGCUUGUUUGUAGGUUUUUUUUCCACACUAACCCUGCCGGCAGCAGACGCUUUCCAUGCCGAAGUGCAUCUUGUAUUGAGGGAGCAGGGAACGCACAGGGAUAGAUAGAAGUGCACUGUGCUGCUGGGAGAUGCAAUGAGUGCACCGUCAUCAGCCGAGCAGCACAGCGGGAGCUGGGGGGGCUCCGUGCCCAUCAGGGGGUCCCAACAAAGCGCAGUGCCGCCGGCACUGGGAUCAUUGCCGAGGCGAUGCUAGAUGUUGUCCCCCUGCAAAUCUGCUGUGGGGGCAAUGCAGGCGAAGGGACGGCAGUAGGGUGGCUGGGGACGCGUGUCCAGUCCGGCCCCGCGCGGCAGCUUGCCUUACAAGGAGUUUGGCUGCGGCCCGAGCGGUGGGAGCAGCGCUCGCCUCCUCCUGCCUCAUUCAUUGGGAGCGGCACUGGGGCCGCUGCUCCCCGGCACCGCCGUGACCUCCGCCCGCCCAACAUCCCAGCGGCAGGACCGAGGAUGGCCUCGAUGUUCGGCAAACCGCGGGUCAGCACCGAGCGGCCGCCGCAGAGCCCCGUGGCAGAGUGCAACGUGGCCAUCCUGGGGUGCCGGGGGGCCGGCAAGUCAGGUGGGAGCAGCGCUGAGCCACAGCUGCUGUAUGGCUUUUUGGGAACCCAGCACAGGCUCUACUGCAGCAUCCCUGCUCCGGUGCCGGGCAGCAUCCCUGAGACAAUGGGGUUUUGUGCGUUUGGGCAAGGGAAAAGUUUCUCUGCGAUCAUUCCAGGGCCCCCUGGGUCAUGCCCAUGGCUGUGGUUGCGUUUGCUUGUUUUGCAUGCGAUUCCCAUGUAUGUAUAUUUAUAUUCAUGGCUAUUUGUGGACCUUUCGGGCAGCAGCAGUGUUUCUGCCUGUGCAGUUCAAGGCUGUGUUCUGCAUGAGUCUUGCAGGGAACCACAGAGGUCCCCAAAAAUUGGUGCUCAGAAGCCAUGCCUAUGCCCCACAGCGCUGACAGUGAAGUUUCUCACCAAGAGGUUCAUCAGUGAAUAUGACCCCAACCUGGAGGACACCUACACCUCGGAGGAGCUGGUGGACCACCAGCCCGUGCUGCUGAAGGUGAUGGACACGGCCGACCAGGACGGCCCCGUCAACUGCGAGCGCUACCUGUGCUGGGCCAAUGCCUUCCUCGUUGUCUACAGCAUCGACGACAGGAGAAGCUUCGAGGGCUGCAGCCGCUACCUCGACGUCCUCGCCCGGCAUGCGCAGGGCUGCCAGCGCCGGAGCCCCGUGCUGCUGCUGGGCAACAAGCUGGACAUGGAGCAGUACAGGCAGGUGACCAAAGCCGAAGGGACGUCCCUGGCCACCAAGUUCGGGUGCCUCUUCUUCGAGGUGUCGGCGUGCCAGGACUUUGCGGCGGUGCAGCACGUCUUCCACCAGGCAGUGCGGGAGCUGCGGCGCGAGGCGGAGCGCGGCCCGGCCCUGCGGCCUCUCUUCAUCGCCGAGGAGCAGCCCUGCCUGGCCAUGGCCACCCGGCACAGCCUGCCCAGCUGCACCAUCAACACUCUGUCUACCGUCAACCUCAAGGAGAUCCCCUCGGUGGCCCAGGCCAAGCUGGUCACCGUCAAGUCGUCGCGGGCUCAGAGCAAGAGGAAGGCGCCCACGCUCACCUUGCUGAAAGGCUUCAAGAUAUUUUGAGGUGCAUCCCUCCCCUGUUCUGCGAGGGGCUGGUAGCACCAGGAAUGGGGACCUUGUCUCACUGACCCCUGCACGGCCCUGCCUGGCUGAUGUAUCUGUGGAUUUGGGCUCCUCCCGGAGCCGUGAAGCAUUGCUGCAGGCCGUGCUGUCCCCGGCUGCUCCGGCAUCUGUGUGUGAGUGGGACCACGCACCGGCAGGCAGACGGGAGCCCAGGGAGCGUGAACCACUCCUUAUCAAACACAGAGGCUCCUGUGUCUCAUGGGUCCCCCCACCAAGCAAUAACUAGGAAGAAAUUCUUUUUUCCAUCGGAAUGAGAAAGAUGUGGAUGCUGUCACACCUGACUACAGGCCUCAGGUGUCCUAAAACUGAUCCCUGUGCAUUGAAGUAAGUCAUACCAAAACAGCUGGUUUUCUAACCAACUUUUUACAAGACUAUGUUCCUUUUCAAAGGUUUUGCAAGCAGAGAUGCUUCACCGACCAGAAUACAUUCUUAAAAGCUUUUCUUUAAAAGACUGGCAUCUUUUCCAAAUGUCUUAAGUUAUUUCAUGGCCUCCACGUGUGCCCUGUGAAGGGUGUGAAGCGGAUCCUGUCACAAAGUACUGUGUGCCGUGACCAGGCUCUGCCUGCACCCACGCCAGGGCCCAGGGCUGUGUGCUUGUGUUCCUCGGGGUAAACAUUCUGCUUCUCUCCGGAGUCGCACCUAUCUGCAGAGUAAGAUACCCACGUGCAUAUUUGUACAUACGUUCAUAUAGAUACGACUAGAGUGACAUACAGAGAUUCAGUAUGGGAUUUUGAUCAAGCACUUUGGAAAAUAUUUUAAUAAAGGUGACUUUUGAAAAGAACAAACGCUCCCCAUCUUCAGUGUCAGUGUGUUUGUGCCAGGAGGUGAGGGCACGCUCCUUGGCUGACCUCGAGCCCCCACCUCCCCUCCCAGCCCGGCAGGCGGCAGCUGAGUGAGGGGGGUAAAGAUCAGCCAGACAGAGCCGCAGCGGGGGAGGCACGGGUUUGCCUCUGAGACCAGAGCCACUUCUGCUGACACAGCUCUGCUGUUUUCUUUUCUUUCCUUUUGGUGUUUGUUUUUUUUUUUUUUUCCAGGCUAAAAUGC